UUCAUCACACUCAAAAUGCCUCUCACUGCCCGAGCUCAUCUCCAGCAGGUCGAAAGAAGAUUGAUUUGUUUGUGUACAGAGGCAAAGGGAGUGCGAGGGGAGCAAGGAGCAGAAGGAACGGAAAAGACUGAGGUGGGAGCCAAGAAAGACGGAUGCCAAGAAACUGGCUCACCUAUCAGCGCCACUUGUAUCGGUCUGGGAAACUCACUGACGCCACCUGCAGGCCAGGCUGGCAAACCAGUUCCAGGCUACAAUGUCACAGUGAUCGAUGAUGACAUGCAGGAGGUGAAGCCAAGAACCCUGGGAAAUAUUGUGGUGAGACUACCUUUACCACCUGGUGCAGCUUUGUCGUUGUGGCAGAACCGGGAUUUGUUUAAGAAGCUCUACUUCACCAAGUUCCCAGGUUACUAUGACACCAUGGAUGCAGGUUUUGUGGAUGACGACGGUUUCCUUUACAUCAUGUCCCGCUCUGAUGAUGUCAUCAACGUGGCGGGUCACAGGUUGUCUGCUGGAGCCCUGGAAGAGUCAGUGAUGCAGCAUCCAGCUGUGGGAGACUGUGCAGUGGUCGGUCUGGAGGACUCUCUGAAGGGCCACGUUCCCUUGGCCCUGUGUGUACUCAAGAAUGGUGUGCAGAAAACCGAGGAGGAGGUCAUAAAUGAGAUGGUGAAGCUUGUGAGAGACACCAUCGGACCAGUGGCUGCCUUUAAGAAAGUGCUUUUUGUCCGCGGAUUGCCGAAGACUCGCUCUGGCAAGAUCCCUCGCUCCUCUUUAGCCAACCUGGUCAACGACAAACCCUACAAGAUCACUCCGACCAUCGAGGACCCAGAGGUGUUCAAAGACAUCGAGAUACAAGUUGAGAAAGCUCUCGGACGUAGCCGAGCCUGAACUGAGCUGUACGACGACAGAGAAAACUGAAGCAUGACAAACCAGGGGACACAAUUUCACUUUCUUUUACAAGAAACAUGCAAGAAUGUUCACUCCAUGUACAGUGUGCUGCAAAGUAGAAACAAAAUUAGCGAUUA